AUGUGGCAGUUCCAUUGUGCCCGGGGCCCCCUCUGCCUCCCCCCCUCUCAGGUGUGUGAUGGUCUGGCCCAGUGUCAGGACGGCUCUGAUGAGAGGGACUGCUCCCCACAGGACGGCUGCUCUCAUCAGUGUGACGGGGGCCGCCGCUGUGUGCCCCCCACCUUCCUCUGCGACGGGGAGCGGGACUGUCAGGACGGGACCGACGAGGACCACUGCGAGUCUGAGGCGUGUGGCGAGGGGCAGUUCCGGUGCCGCAGUGGUCAGUGUGUGGCUCUUCCUCUUCGCUGUGACGGUCGCUCAGACUGCACUGACCGCUCUGAUGAGGACCGCUGCCCCCCCCCCCCCACCUGCCCCCCCCAACACCACUGCCCCAACAGCAGCAAGUGCCUCCUGCCAGAGUGGCUCUGUGACGGGGACCAGGACUGUGAGGGCGGGACGGACGAGCAGGUACCUCACCCUCAACCUCGCUACACCCUCAACCUCGCUACACCCUCAACCUUCGCUACACCCUCAACCUCGCUACACCCUCAACCCCGCUACACCCUCAACCUCACUACACCCUCAACCUUCGCUACACCCUCAACCUUCGCUACACCCUCAACCUUCGCUACACCCUCAACCUCGCUACACCCUCAACCUUCGCUACACCCUCAACCUCGCUACACCCUCAACCUCGCUACACCCUCAACCUCGCUACACCCUCAACCCCGCUACCUCACUACACCCUCAACCUCUCUACACCCUCAGCCCCACUACACCCUCAACCUCGCUACACCCUCAGCCUCACUACACCCUCAGCCUCACUACACCCCUCAACCCCACUACACCCUCAACCUAGCUACACCCUCAACCUCGCUACACCCUCAACCUCACUACACCCUCAACCUCGCUACACCCUCAACCUCGCUACACCCCCAACCUCGCUACACCCCCAACCCCGCUACACCCUCAACCCCACUACACCCUCAACCUCACUACACCCUCAACUCCACUACACCCUCAACCUCGCUACACCCUCAACCUCGCUACACCCUCAACCCCUCUACACCCUCAACCCCACUACACCCUCAACCCCACUACACCCUCAACCCCUCUACACCCUCAACCCCUCUACACCCUCAACCCCUCUACACCCUCAACCCCACUACACCCUCAACCUCACUACACCCUCAACUCCACUACACCCUCAACCUCACUACACCCUCAACCUCGCUACACCCCCAACCCCUCUACACCCUCAACCUCGCUACACCCUCAACCCCGCUACACCCUCAACCCCGCUACACCCUCAACCUCGCUACACCCCAACCUCGCUACACCCUCAACCUCGCUACACCCUCAACCUCACUACACCCUCAGCCUCACUACACCCUCAACUCCACUACACCCUCAACUCCACUACACCCUCAACCCCACUACACCCUCAACCUCACUACACCCUCAACCUCACUACACCCUCAACCUCGCUACACCCCCAACCCCGCUACACCCUCAACCUCGCUACACCCCCAACCCCGCUACACCCCCAACCCCGCUACACCCUCAACCCAGCUACACCCUCAACCCCGCUACACCCUCAACCUCGCUACACCCCAACCUCGCUACACCCUCAACCUCGCUACACCCUCAACUCCGCUACACCCUCAACUCCACUACACCCUCAACUCCACUACACCCUCAACCUCACUACACCCUCAACCUCACUACACCCUCAACCUCACUACACCCUCAACCUCACUACACCCUCAACCCCUCUACACCCUCAACCCCACUACACCCUCAACCUCACUACACCCUCAACUCCACUACACCCUCAACCUCACUACACCCUCAACUCCACUACACCCUCAACCUCACUACACCCUCAACUCCACUACACCCUCAACCUCGCUACACCCUCAACCUCGCUACACCCUCGCUACACCCUCAACCCCGCUACACCCUCAACCUCGCUACACCCUCAACCUCGCUACACCCUCACCUUUAUCACACCUUCACGUCACCCUCUCCCUCACCACACCCUCAGAUCACCGUUGCCACACCCUCAUUGCACCCUCAUUGCACCCUCAUUGCACCCUCACGUCCCCCUCACCACACCCUCUCCUCAUAUUUGGGUUUGAAGUCAUGUGUUUUGGUGAAUUUACUGACUAUAAAAGUGCCUUCUGUCUUCCCGCUCGGUCUGGUCUCCUGCAGAACUGUGAAGUGAAGCCGGUGACGUGUGGAGACUUCCAGUGGAGAUGCAAAUCCAAGACCAUGUGCGUCCCCAAGUCCUGGAGGUGUGACGGCACCAGAGACUGUGAGGACGGCAGCGACGAGACAGAGUGUGCUGUGGUGGACUGCCCCUCCCCUCAGUUCCGGUGCUUGGGGGGGGGCUGCCUGGAGCCGGGGGCAGUGUGUGACCGGGUGAGGGACUGUGAGGACGGCUCUGAUGAGGGAGAAGGCUGUGGGCUCCAAUGCACCGACCACAACUGCUCCCACACCUGCCUCAGCACGCCUCAGGGGCCCCGCUGCAGCUGCCCUGCGGGACAGCGCCUCCUGCUGGACGCUCGUACCUGUGCUCACGUGGACGAGUGUGGAGCCCAGAGGGAGUGCAGCCAGCUCUGUCGGAACAGCCCUGGAUCCUUCACCUGCCACUGCCUGCCAGGGUUUGUGCUGGAGGCUGACGGCCACAGCUGCAAGAGCACAGUGGAGCCUCUGCUGGUGGUCUCGGUCUCCAAAGACCUGGUGGUGGUGGGUCUGCGCAGCGGCAGCCUGGACCUGCUCUCGGCCUCCCCCAAGAAGGUCAUUCUGUCGCUGGACUACGACUGGAGCCAGCGCCGGGUCUACUGGGGCAGUCUGGACUCCAGCAGCAUCAAGUGGUCUGCCCUGGACUACAGGGCCACCGGGACUCUCAUCAAAGGCGUUCGAGCAGACGCCGUGGCCGUGGACUGGCUCGGGAGGAACGUGUACUGGAUCGAUGGCGUGAAGAGCCAGAUCCUCGCGGUCCAGCUGCCGGAGGCCUCAGGGACCAGUCCAGACUACACCGUGAUCCUGGACCAGGACCUGGACCAGCCCAGGUCUCUGGCUCUGCUCCCACAGAAGGGGUGGAUGUUCUGGACGGAGGUCGGCGCCACGGUGAAGAUUGAGCGCUCUGGGAUGGACGGCUCUGAGAGGAAGGCUCUGGUCACCUCCCACCUGGGCUGGCCUGUGGGCGUGGCCGCAGACGCCGUGUCCAACCGGGUCUACUGGACCGACCAGCGCCUCAAGGCCAUCGGCUCUGCCACGCUGGAGGGGGAGGACAUCCAGGUGAGGCUGGGGCGGGAGGCGGAGGACGUCCAGGUGAGGCUGGAGGAGGGAGGCUGCAGGAGGGAGGGGGAGGACAUCCAGGUGAGGCUGGGGGGAGGGGGAGGACAUCCAGGUGAGGCGAGAGGCUGGAGGGGGGAGGGGGAGGACAUCCAGGUGAGGCUGGGGGAGGCUGGAGGGGGAGGACAUCCAGGUGAGGCUGGGGGGGAGGCUGGAGGCUUGAGGGGGGAGGGGGAGGACAUCCAGGUGAGGCUGGGGGGAGGGGGAGGACAUCCAGGGGAGGCGGGAGGCUGGAGGGGGGAGGGGGAGGACAUCCAGAUCCUGCAGAUGGGCACCGAUAAUCCGUUUGCAAUCGCAGUUUUCAACGAUGUGUUGUACUGGUCCGACACUCGGAGGAGAGCGGUGCAGGGAGCUCACAGAGGGACCGGGAAGAGCCGACGAGUGCUCCUGAAGAGGCCCCAGCAGCCGUUCGGGGUCAAGGUCAUGCACCCGCUGCUGCAGAGCUCCACAGAGAGGCCCUGUGAGGCCCCUGGCUGCUCCCACCUGUGUGUGCUGGCCCCGGGGCCUCGGCCGGUCUGCAGGUGUCCCUUUGGUCUGCUGCUGUCCCAGGACCAGCGCUCCUGCUCCAGACCCGACACGGCCUUCCUGCUGCUGCUGGCUCCUGCUGCGCUCACUCAGGUUUUCCUGCCGUCCCGGUUCCCGGCCCCCGGCUUGAAGGACUGGCCCGAGCACUCCUCCAUUCAGCUGCCACACAUCAACCAGGCGGCCAUCUUGGACUACAGCUUCAAAGACCAGGCUUUAUAUGUGACCGACGACAGCACGGCGUCUCUGAGCGCGCUCACGCUCGCAGACGGCGGCCUGAGCGCCCCUCGCCAUCUGCUGAGGCUGCUCCACGACCGCAUCACGGCGUUGGCUCUGGACUGGAGCAGCGGGAACGUGUUCUGGAGCAGCAGCGAGCAGCCGAGGAUCCACGUCACCAGCACCGGCACCGGGCGCUCGGCCGUGCUCCUGGCAGACGACCUCGGCGCCGUGCACGCCAUCGCUCUGCACCCUCAGAGCGGGCGCCUCUGUUUCACCAGCACAGGGGAGCCGAGGGGGGAGACGGGGGAGAAGGGGGAGACCGUGGAGUGCGCCGACAUGGACGGAGGGCGCCGCAGCGUCGUGUGGAAGGACGCGGUGACACCCAGGACUCUUGUCUUCUCCAGCGACGGGAAAGUCCUGUUCUGGGCCGACACCGGCACAGGCCCCUCAGAGCACAGGCCCCUCAGAGCACAGGCCCCUCAGAGCACAGGCCCCUCAGAGCACAGGCCCCUCAGAGCACAGGCCCCUCAGAGCACAGGCCCCUCAGAGCACAGGCCCCUCAGAGCACAGGCCCCUCAGAGCACAGGCCCCUCAGAGCACAGGCCCCUCAGAGCACAGGCCCCUCAGAGCACAGGCCCCUCAGAGCACGGCCACAGCUUGGGGGCGGUGGGCUCUGUGCGUCUGGACCUUCUCUCCUACACAGAGCUGAAGGUGGGAGACGGUCUGACUGCUGUCACACUGUACGACGAAACUCUGCUCUGGAUGACCACUGGAGAAAAGACCAGAGUCUGGUACCAGGACCAGCAGCAGCAAAACCAGAUGUGGUUUGAAGUCUCCACAAAACUGGUCGGAUUCAAGGUGUUCAGCAGCUCACACCAGAAAGGUUCAACCCGGUGCUCGUCGGACAAUGGGGGGUGCUCUCACCUUUGCCUUCCCACUGGGGAGGGCCGCUCCUGUGGGUGUGACUUUGACCACGCCCCCCUGAACUCCACCCACUGUCUCCCACGGCAACACUGCGGCAGCAGGAGCAGGCCCUGCUGGGACCUGCUCUCCUGUCUGCCCCUCAGCAAGUUCUGCGACGGCCACGUGGACUGCGCCGACCGCUCCGACGAGAACUGCCUGACUCUGAACUCUCUCUCUGACCUCGCUGACUCUCCGGACCUCCUGACCUCUCCUCCCUCAGGAGAGGCCUCCGCUCGGCCCUCAAACGACAGUGAGGGCUCCUGGGAGAUGGGCCCCUUGGAGCUGGGCCUGGAGGAGUGCAGUGAGAGGCACUGCAGCAGUAGGGGGCGCUGUGUGGAGGUGGAGGGUCAGACCCAGUGUGUGUGUCCCCUGCUGUACUCGGGGCCCUCGUGUGAGAACGGCCUUCUGACCAGUCUGCGCUGGCCCCUGGUGUACGGGGCCGCGGGGCUGCUGGUCCUCCUGCUGCUCAUCAUGGUGGUGGUGCUGGUUUGCAAGAGGAGGAGAGCGACCCAGGCCAGGAGUGAUGCCCCGGGGGUGUGUGCGACCAGUCUGAAGGAGCUCGAUGGAAAAGCAGAACCCGGACCCUGUGCCCCGUCCUCCCCGUCCUCCCCGUCCUCCCCGUCCUCUCAGACCUCCCAGACUUCGCCGGCUCAAGCGGAGAAACCAGAGAAGAUGGAGACCCUGCUGUGGAGGACCAUCAGUGUGUUGUUCCUGCUGACGGUGGUCGCGGCGAAACCAGUGUUUCUGAACACAGCUGCAGAAGAGUCCGACUCUGUAGAAGUGAACUCGUCUGAAGAGGGGGAAGAAGUGGAAGAAGUGGAGGUGGAAGAGGCUGAGGAACCGGAGCUGCCUGAAGCGACCGAAUCCACUGUCACCGAGGCCCCAGACGUUCCACCCCCGACAGACCUCACUGCAACCAUUGCUCUGGACCCAGCCGCUCUGGACCCAGCCGCUCUGGACCCAGCUGUUCUGGACCCAGCUGUUCUGGACCCAGCUGUUCUGGACCCAGCUGUUCUGGACCCAGCUGUUCUGGACCCAGCCGCAGUCCCCAUCGACAACACAGACUUUCAGAGCUCCGCAGACGGACAAACGCCAGAGUCAGACAUCCUCCUGACUCCGGGGCCCGCCCCCCUGUCUCCAGACCUGAGCCCGGGUGUGGAGGACCUGAGCCUGGGUGUGGACGUGGUCACAGAUCUCCCGCCACACGCCACAGAGGGGCCACUCGAGCCGCUCCCGGUGGUCACGGUGGCUCCGUACGUCCAGGGGAAGGCGUCCCGCAUGACUGUGGUUAAGGCGCUGCCCGUGGUCAAGGUACCUCCAGGGGUCAGGACGCUUCCAGGGGUCAGGACGCUGCCCGUGGUCAGGACGCUGCCCGUGGUCAGGGCGGUCCCGGUGCACGUGAGCCCUGGCGUGCCCGUGUGUUUCACCUUCCAGUAUUCUCAGUACGCAGCGCCGCAGUACGGUCCGCCCCGAGGAGACAGUUAUUAG